CCGCCAGCCAGCCAGCCGCCGCCAGCCUCAGUGUGACUCGGGCCGUGGCGGAGGAAGGGUGUACGCACUGCCUUUCCAGCACCUUAGUGAACUCCUGCCGCAGCUCAUAAGCCAAGGCGAAUAUAUUGUGAAACUCUUGCGCUUACCACCUCUCGGAAGGACUGGCUGGAGGCGGCACGAUACACACACGCAAAAACUCGGAGGAAAAUAACAGUUAAAUAAAAGGAAAAUAUCAACUGCAGAAAUACGUGAUAGAACGGUGAAGGGUUACAUGACUCAAAGGAACAUAUAAUAACAGAAAACAUCACAUAACAAAACAAAAAGGUAACAGAAGUGAAUAGUUACAAUGUCAUGAAAGCAAGAGAGCGUGCGACAGAGGAAAGGAAAAGGACAAGCAAAGCUAAACACUGGAACAAAGUAAACAUAUAAACAAUAAUCAUAAACAAUAAAACAGAGGAAAGGUGAAUAGCAACGUUGACCUGAGAGAGAAAAUGAAUACUAACAAAAAAGUAAAAUCUCUGGAGGAAACAAGAGAAAGAUAUUAAACUGUUUUUAAAUAGAAAAGGAAGUGAGGCUCGAGAAAUGAUGAGAAGUGAAUGAAAAAUAACACACACACACACACACACACACACACACACACACACACACACACACACACACACACACACACACACACAGCCCUGGACAGAUGAAUGAAGACUACACGGGCCCAGCCUUCAGGAGCACGAGGAGCCAAGAAGCAGAGCAGCUGUGCCCCUUGCGUUAGUGUUUGUCACGCGCUGGUGCGGCUCACACGCCUCCCCCCCACGGCUAGAGGUGCUUGGUGCCGGGGCCGACUAUUGGUAAGGUACACAGGUCUCGCUACCGUUGCUGCUGCUGCUGAGUGAAGUGCUAAGCCAACAGUUGUUAUAGCAGCAGUGAAUAGCCGUUUCUAAUUGUCCAGGCACUGACAUGUCUACGCGAGGCCGUGAGACAACACAGGCGGGAGGAUAACAUGUGAGGGAUGCAGCAAGACACAAGAAUGCUGUGUUAAUAUACGACGCCAGGCUGGAGAGAUAGCGGAGUGUGUUUGCCGAGGACUUCAGUGAGACGGAGCACACACACACACACACACACACACACCAGGCGUUGCACAGUUAAAUGCACAACAUAUUUGGCCAACACGAGGAGUAGCAACAUGACGUGACGGAGAGACACAGUCCACUUUGAAUACACAAACACAACGCCUUGAUGUCACAUUCAAAUAUGUAGACAUUUUUCUGAUUAACAUUAGCACAUUUGCAACACACAUUUACAUACAAAAUUAGAGGGAUCAAAACGCAAAGGGCUUGUAGCAAAACUGGUGAAAAAAAUUAGCAACAUACACUAACAGAAAACGUUUUGACAUAAAUAACAAUCAUAAAAAUCUACAUAUAUACAUAAGUUUAUUUAUGCAUAAACGUUGCGGCAAGCUUCAUAUACACAAAGCAUCAAUAACGCACGUCUUGCAAAACACCGCGCAGAAAACAAAACAUAGGAAAAAGAAAUAAGGCGGAAAGGGAAAGUCACAUAAUACAAGAAAAGAGUAAUUAAAUCUAGAAGAGGAAAAAUAAAAAGACAUCAAAAUGGAGGAAAGAUAAGAGUAAAAAGAAGAGAAAAAAAUAUGAAAAGAGGAUGAAAAAAUAGUCGAGUCGAUAGAUAAACCGUAAAAAACAACGAGAAAACAACGAAGCAAGAGAAGGCACGGGAAAACAAGAGGAAGACAACCCCACAUCCAUUGAGCGCGCGAGCCGGAGAGAAAAAAAUAUAGCCAGCGAACCGCAGUGCGAGUGAACACCUGCGAGAAUACCUGUCCAGCCACACCUCCACCACCACCACCACCACCACCGCCAUGGCCCCCCCGCCGGUGUGGCAUGUGGCUAUCUGGUUCCUACUGGUGAUGCUGAUACACAGACCCGCAGGAGGCGUGCCUCAUCCCCCACCCACGCCUACGCCCGCGCCUGCACACUGCCGCGGCUGCCCCUACUUCCUCAACACGCCCACGCACAUCGUCACGGCUGUGGGCGCGGACGUCAACCUCACCUGCGGCGUCAGGAUGCUGGGUGACCGGCAGGUAAGAAGCGUGUCUUGGAUCAGGAAGCGGGACCUGCACGUGCUCACCACCAACACCUUCACCUACACCACCGAGUCGAGGUUUAGCGCCGUGCACGUGGAGUCCUCCCCCUACUGGGUCCUCAGCGUGACGCGGGCGCAGAUCAACGACUCGGGCGUGUACGAGUGUCAGGUGGCGGCCCAACCCAAGAUCUACAAGCAAUUCAAGCUGGAUGUUGUGGUGCCCCAGGCGACCAUCGUGGGCUCCAACGAUGUGUUCAUGAAGGCCGGGAGUGACCUCAACGUGACCUGCACCAUCACGGGAGCCACCGAGCAGGCCGCGCCCGUCACGUGGUACCACACCAACCCCACCACCCGCAGCAGCAACAACGUGGUGCAGGAGCUCAACUCGGGGAACAGAGGCGGCGUGCAGCUGGUGACGGACAGGCGGGCGGGCGUCAGCUGGCUCCUGGUCACCCACGCCACCUGGAGGGACGCUGGGAACUACACGUGUGCCCCCGACCACGCCGUCCCCGCCUCUGUAGUGGUGCACGUGCUAGACGAAGAAUCCCCCGCAGCCAUGCAGCCACACCUCCAGGCGGGCAGCUCGGCGUCCCCCUCGCCUGCAGCCUCAUCAGCGCCUCCCUCGUCUUCCUCGCCCCUGCUGCACGCCCUCACCUUUACCUUAGCGUGCUUAUUAGGGCUCCAUCUGGGGACUAUGCACACUCAAAGGGGGUUCGAUUCUAUAACUCCUGGCGAUCUAGUGGUCCUCUGAGACUCCACAGCACGGACAUAAAGGUUCCGAUGCUUUUACGUGUAUUCGCUGUACGUUUGUGGAUGGCGUUGAUGGUGAUGUACAGUGGUGUGUAAAUGGUGCUCGCGGGACACCACCGGACGGACGUUGUGUGUGUGGUGCACGAGGCAGUGAAUGAAGAAUAACAACAACGAGAACAGUAAUGGUGUUGGUGGGAGUGUGUGCUGAAGAUGUGGAUGGUGUUGAAACCUGGAGAUUCCGGGAGUUGUUCAUGGUGAUAUCGGUGGUAAGUUUGGUGUACUGGAAAUGUGUGAUAACGAUAAGAUCUUGAAUACAGCUUACUGGCAGUGGUGAGCGUUAGUGUGAUGAUGAUAUUUGGUGAUGGUUGUGCUCGGUUUAGUGAAGAUGGCGUCAAGAAGAAUGGUGAAGAUGACAAGACCAACAAGCACAACGAUGACGAAAAAUUUGCUGGCUGUUGGUGAUGGUGACGUUGAUGGUGACCGGAAAGGAAAACAAAAUAAUGGUGAAACUGAUGAUGGUAGUGAUGGUGAUGAUGGUAAUGGCAAUGAUGGCAGAAAACGAUGAUAUACGAUGUGAAGGUGAUAAUAAUAAUGAUGACGUGGAUGAUAUGAAGCUUGAAAACGAUGCUUAUGAUAACGAGAAUGGAAACUAAAACACAAAUUCACAAACAAACAAGGAGUGAAAAAAAAAGGAAAGCGAAAACAAACACAACCACACCAAAAAAUGCUUACCAAUUGAACAAAGCGAGAGAAACAGAAAACAAAAACAAAUAACAAAGACAAACACUCGUGCUGAAAAUAAACAAACAGACCAGCAAACAAAA